AUGGAAAUACUUCGGUCUUACGUUGCGGCAAUUCGGAACACGAAUCUCGGAGCACAUUCCAGAAUGACUACUGGCAAAUUCAACUGGAAGCGCUCAAAGCUCUAUCAUGAAACACCUGAAGGCGACUGGCCACCCAGUGGAUCCAACGGACGCAUUCCGAAUUGUCUAUCGUUCGAAACGAUCCUAAAAUUCGCGGAAGCCGUGACCGUAGGAAGAGCGAACCCGAUUCUGUGCGCUCAGAAGCAGAUGGUGGUCGCAUCCGAGUCAUAA